AAGACCGUGGAAACAACACCUGUUAGGAUCCUUUUGUUUUCCAGUCAGUCAAAGGGGACUGCUCUUUACAUGAAGCAUUUGACGAUUACAACCCCAAUAGGGGCUCAGAGAGAGACCAGAGAGAUAUCCCCCCCCCCCCCCUUCACUGGUACAGCUGACUGAACUACUGGGGGACAAAGUGAACACACUCUGAAAGACUGUCUCACUAGACGAACAGCCUGAAAGAGGUUCAACAACAUCUGGAGCACCUGAGGAACGAGGUUGAGACACUCCUGAACUGAGCUGAGUGACUUGGCAGGCCAGAGGAACGAGGUUGAGACACUCCUGAACUGAGCUGAGUGACUUGGCAGGCCAGAGGAACGAGGUUGAGACACUCCUGAACUGAGCUGAGUGACUUGGCAGGCCAGAGGAACGAGGUUGAGACGCUCCUGAACUGAGCUGAGUGACUUGGCAGGCCAGAGGAACGAGGUUGAGACGCUCCUGAACUGAGCUGAGUGACUUGGCAGGCCAGAGGAACGAGGUUGAGACGCUUCUGAACUGAGCUGAGUGACUUGGCAGGCCAGAGGAACGAGGUUGAGACGCUCCUGAACUGAGCUGAGUGACUUGGCAGGCCAGAGGAACGAGGUUGAGACACUCCUGAACUGAGCUGAGUGACAAGGCAGGCCAGAGGAACGAGGUUGAGACACUCCUGAACUGAGCUGAGUGACAAGGCAGGCCAGAGAAACGAGGUUGAGACACUCCUGAACUGAGCUGAGUGACAAGGCAGGCCAGAGAAACGAGGUUGAGACACUCCUGAACUGAGCUGAGUGACAAGGCAGGCCAGAGAAACGAGGUUGAGACACUCCUGAACUGAGCUGAGUGACUUGGCAGGCCAGAGGAACGAGGUUGAGACACUCCUGAACUGAGCUGAGUGACAAGGCAGGCCAGAGAAACGAGGUUGAGACACUCCUGAACUGAGCUGAGUGACUUGGCAGGCCAGAGAAACGAGGUUGAGACAACAGAGAGGCCCAAAACGUAGAGGCUUGUACUUGGUUACUGCUUGCCUGGUGGGAGCUGCAGAUAGCAGGUCCUGACCUCUCUACAGGACAUACUGAGAGGAGACUACAAGACUUCUCCUACAGGGUCACCCACCACAACAUGCAAGGGAAAAGUCAACACGAACACCAAGACAAUAAUAUGGAAUCAGACUUUGAUCCCAACAAGCAGCCUGAAAGUCCCCGUCUGAGAACGAGCCCUCCAAUCCUGUCAAAGUCCGCCAGAACCCCAAAUAUCAGCUGUUCCUGGAUGGAGACAUGAUUGGGAACGGAUCCAGGGAUACGAAUGGAACGUCUGGGAGAGAGAACGGGAACGGGAGAGAACCCAGGAACAGUUCCCGUUUGGACAGCGCUAGCUCCAGAUUCGGGCCAAACUUCCGCGGGUCCCUGGAAUCGCUUGCCUCUCGGGACUGGGACACCAUGUCAGACAGGGUGGGAGGUUUUGAGAGUCCUCUCAGGGUGUUCAACAGUCCCUACGCUACAGCGGCUUCCACGGAAUACAACCCUGGAAUGAACCGGAUGUCAGAGCAAAAGAUGCAGGAGGUGAUGUCUCCAGCCACGUCAGAGCUGAACCUGUUCAACAGCUACAACAGCAGAAGUAGCAGCCCCGUGCUCUCCUUCACCUCGGCUGCGACCUCCUCACGUGCACGCUUCUCAACCUUCGACUCUCUCAGGAGGCGGGACCAGCCGGUGAUGCCAAGCCAACUCCCCAUGCGGUCCACAGCGUCGCCUGUUGCUAUGCCCAGCAAGAGAGACUACAUCGAGGAGCUGACCAGACAGAUGGAUGCCUGUCAGAAGAGGAACCAGUUCCUGGAGGCAGAGAGCAUAGAGAUGGACAAGGAGAGGAACCAGAUCAGGUUGGAGAUGAGAGGCCUGUUGGUGAACAACGAGGACCUUCUCAGAACCAACAGUACCCUGCAGAUGGAGAUGAACAGGAUGAGGAUGAGGAUGGUAGAGCUGGAGAGAGACAACACGGCCAUGACGGAACGCUUCAAAGUUAUGGAGACGGAGCUGACCGAGGCCAGGGCCCAGAUGGUGGAGGCCAACACUCAGGAAUACGCCUUCAACUUCCUGCAGCAGUCUCUGAAGAAUAAGAUACAGGUCGCUGAGGAGGCGCUAGAGAAGCAGACACUCCACGCCCAGGGGCUGUCAGAGAAGCUGUGGCUGUCUGAGAGACAGUUGGAGGAUCUAGAGGUGGACAAGGAGACACGGGACAAGAAGAGAUCAGAGCUCAGCGACACUGUCUUCAGACUGGAGACUGAGCUAGAAGAGGCUCUACAGAAAGCCACCCAGGCGACAGCAGAGCUCAGUCUGCAACAGAAGCUACGAGAUGACGCCCUGCUGAGGGUAGAGGAGAUGGAGGAGAGUUUACUGGAGAGGGGUCAGGAGCUGCAGAUAGCCCAACAGACUGUCAGCCGCCUCCAGGGACAGGUGUCUGAUAAGCUGAUAGAUAAGGAGCGUUCCCUGGAAGAGGAGAUCCAGCUGAGAGAGAGAGUUCAGCUGCAGUGGAAGCAGGCAGAGAGGAGCGUAGAGGACCUGACCAUGGAGCUACAGACGGCUGCACAGACCAAGGAAGACCUGGUCAAGCAACUCAAACAGGCUCAGGAGAAACUGUUAGAUCUUGAGAGCGACCUGGAGGAGAUGCAGGACAGUGAACAGAGAUGGGCCAGCAAGAACAAGAGAGCCAUCGAACAGACAGAACAGCUCCAGUUGAAGCUGAUCCAGCAGAAAGAUGUGAAUGAGCAGCUGGACAGUGAGAAGAGCAUCCUGGAGAGACAGCUGCGGGACCUGCGCGUGGAGGUGGAGAACCUCCAACACACCAGAGUUCAUGAGGAUGUCAUCACUAAGACGGAGAGCCGGGCCAAGGAGCUGGAGAACGCUCUAAGGGCGGAGGAGAGGAACAAGGUGGUGAUGAACAACACCAUCAGUAAACUGGAGAGGAAGAACAACGAACUGUCUGAUCAGCUGGAGGAGGAACAUAAGAUGGCCAAGGAGCAGAAGGACCUGAUGUCCCAGAGGAUGCGUUCCCUGAAGCGUCAGCUGAACGAGGCGGAGGAGGAGUCCAGUCGUAGAGACGCUCAGUACCGCCACACCCAGAGAGAACUGACAGAGGAGAGAGAGACCUCCAACAGACUACAGAAACAGCUCCUAGACCAGCACCUCCAACUCAAACGUAAGGAGUCCACCAUGGCGAUAAGACAGACUCUGGAAGAUCUACGUCUGGACCUUAGUGUGGAUGAGGAGGACCAUGAGGAGGACCAGACCCCGCCAGUACCCACGGCCUCCAAGGCCUGAGACACCCUUCCUGGGACAGUAAUUGCAGCAUAGCACCAGCCAUACUAGCCUUACUCAUAACGCCUUUGUCCUAGAUUCAAUCCGGCCUGCAGAAGUUCCAUGCCAUUGCGCGAUUGACAUUUAUAGCUCAUUUCCCAUUGAUCCGGCGUAUGCAGCAUUCAACGUGAAUGUGGGUCUCAGCGAAUGGUGGGAACAUUGCCUUUAAAACGUGCAUGAAUGGGACAAAAUGAGAUGGGAUUGAAUCUAGGCCAUUAUUGAUAAAGGUACCAUUCAUACCACCAAUACAGGACGUACAGGGAAGAUACAACAGCAUCCUGUCAGCCAAUCAAAUCAGCACCCGCGUGUUUGAUUUUCAGGUUCAGCCAAUCAAAUCAGCACCCGCGUGUUUGAUUUUCAGGUUCAGCCAAUCAAAUCAGCACCCGCGUGUUUGAUUUUCAGGUUCAGCCAAUCAAAUCAGCACCCGCGUGUUUGAUUUUCAGGUUCAGCCAAUCAAAUCAGCAUCCGCGUGUUUGAUUUUCAGGUUCAGCCAAUCAAAUCAGCACCCGCGUGUUUGAUUUUCAGGUUCAGCCAAUCAAAUCCGCUCCCGCGUGUUUGAUUUUCAGGUUCAGCCAAUCAAAUCAGCACCCGCGUGUUUGAUUUUCAGGUUCAGCCAAUCAAAUCAGCACCCGCGUGUUUGAUUUUCAGGUUCAGCCAAUCAAAUCAGCACCCGCGUGUUUGAUUUUCAGGUUCAGCCAAUCAAAUCAGCACCCGCGUGUUUGAUUUUCAGGUUCAGCCAAUCAAAUCAGCACCCGCGUGUUUGAUUUUCAGGUUCAGCCAAUCAAAUCAGCACCCGCGUGUUUGAUUUUCAGGUUCAGCCAAUCAAAUCAGCACCCGCGUGUUUGAUUUUCAGGUUCAGCCAAUCAAAUCAGCACCCGCGUGUUUGAUUUUCAGGUUCAGCCAAAGGUUCAAAAAAUUACUGUAGCAUCUGAUAAAACAUUUAUUUUUUAAAUUUUUUAUUAAAUCUGCAGGUAAUUGAAAAUGUAAACCAGUGUGUCUUUACUUAUUGUGUUCCAUCAGGCUGCGUUUCCCAAACUCGGUCCUCUGGACCAUAAAAGGGGUGUACAUUUCGUUUUUUUACACUACACAGCUGGUUUAAAUGAUCUAAGCUUUAAAUCAGCUGUGUAUUCGGACCCCCGUUCUGGUCCCGAGGUCAGAGUUUGUGAAACCCUGCCAUAAGGGAGUUUAUUUGGUAAACUCCUGGACAAUAUAUAUUUUUUAAAUGUAAGUAAGUUAAAAUCCUAUGGGCUUGUAUCUUUCCUGAUUCACUUACUAGUGCCUUUUAACAGAGCUAAUCAAUUGGAAAAUAAAAAACAUUUUAUUAAAUCAAUUGUGUCAAAUAUGACUAACAAUAAAAAUAGACAUAGGAUUUGGGGAUUAUGUAAUGUUAGAGGGAUUUGGGGAUUAUGUCAUGUUAGAGGGAUUUGGGGAUUAUGUAAUGUUAGAGGGAUUUGGGGAUUAUGUAAUGUUAGAGGGAUUUGGGGAUUAUGUAAUGUUAGAGGGAUUUGGGGAUUAUGUAAUGUUAGAGGGAUUUGGGGAUUAUGUAAUGUUAGAGGGAUUUGGGGAUUAUGUAAUGUUAGAGGGAUUUGGGGAUUAUGUAAUGUUAGAGGGAUUUGGGCAAUAUUCUCUGCAAAUUACCAAAGCAAAUCUGUUGCAAAAUAUAGUUUAAUAGUUUGUUAGAAGCAUUAUACAUUAAUUUCCACUUAUCUUAUAUCUACGUGGUAUUGGGUAUUACUGUGCUGCACUGUAGACUAUGGGGAAAAGGGAGCUGUAUUUUAUUAAUAUAUAUAUAUAUAAAAAUCUUUAUUUUUACACCCAUUGAGCAGAAUGCAGAAGUGUCUUCCUUUAUGCUUGAAGGACAGACAGCCUGAAUGAGUGAAGCCGGUGGGACCAUUUAACAGUAUACUGCACUGUUUACAACACUUGUUACUUCAACCCUGAGCGACCCUGGGUGAGCAGAACCUGGGUGAGCAGACCCUGGGUGAGCAGAACCUGGGUGAGCAGACCCUGGGUGAGCAGACCCUGGGUGAGCAGAACCUGGGUGAGCAGAACCUGGGUGAGCAGACCCUGGGUGAGCAGAACCUGGGUGAACAGAACCUGGGUGAGCAGACCCUGGGUGAGCAGAACCUGGGUGAACAGAACCUGGGUGAACAGAACCUGGGUGAGCAGAACCUGGGUGAGCAGAACCUGGGCGAGCAGAACCUGGGCGAGCAGAACCUGGGUGAGCAAAACCUGGGAGUGAGUGAGGACCCAAGACAAACAUUUCACAGAAGAGGAAAGAGACCAUGUUAUUCUCGCGUUGAGGAAUCUAAAAGGGAAUCUAUUCUGUCUGCGUUGUGGGAAGCUUCUGGAUAUGCAUCUUACCUGAUGGAUCUGAAUGACUUGCUGUCCUGCUGUUUACAUGAUAGAACAUGGAGACUGGCGACUGUGUACUCUACUGGCAUAAACCUAUGUUAAUCAGGCAUUAGACAGGACAGACAGGUGGAAUCACUAAUAGACACUGUGUACUCAGGCUCCUCCCUCACUGAGGUGGAAUCACUAACAGACACUGUGUACUCAGGCUCCUCCCUCACUGAGGUGGAAUCACUAACAGUCACUGUGUACUCAGGCUCCUCCCUCACCGAGGUGGAAUCACUAACAGACACUGUGUACUCAGGCUCCUCCCUCACCGAGGUGGAAUCACUAACAGACACUGUGUACUCAGGCUCCUCCCUCACCGAGGUGGAAUCACUAACAGACACUGUGUACUCAGGCUCCUCCCUCACUGAGGUGGAAUCACUAAUAGACACUGUGUACUCAGGCUCCUCCCUCACUGAGGUGGAAUCACUAAUAGACACUGUGUACUCAGGCUCCUCCCUCACCGAGGUGGAAUCACUAAUAGACACUGUGUACUCAGGCUCCUCCCUCACCGAGGUGGAAUCACUAACAGACACUGUGUACUCAGGCUCCUCCCUCACCGAGGUGGAAUCACUAACAGACACUGUGUACUCAGGCUCCUCCCUCACCGAGGUGGAAUCACUAACAGACACUGUGUACUCAGGCUCCUCCCUCACUGAGGUGGAAUCACUAAUAGACACUGUGUACUCAGGCUCCUCCCUCACCGAGGUGGAAUCACUAACAGACACUGUGUACUCAGGCUCCUCCCUCACCGAGGUGGAAUCACUAAUAGACACUGUGUACUCAGGCUCCUCCCUCACCGAGGUGGAAUCACUAACAGACACUGUGUACUCAGGCUCCUCCCUCACCGAGGUGGAAUCACUAACAGACACUGUGUACUCAGGCUCCUCCCUCACUGAGGUGGAAUCACUAACAGACACUGUGUACUCAGGCUCCUCCCUCACUGAGCAUGUAGGGGUGAGGAUCUUGUGUGUAUUGUGAUGGGAUUUUAUAUUGUGAUAAUAAGAUGUUUUCUGGGUGUUUUUCUGGUUAUAUAGAGCUCCACUCUAUUGGGUCACUGUCAGGGGAAACGUACAGUAUUUCGGUUGGCAAAAUGUUCCUUUUCUCCUUUCUUCUUCGCUGGCAAAACCAAAUAAAGGGACGCAGUGUUA